AUGCAUCUCCGGAAUCCUGCGCCCACGGCGCUUCUGGCGGCCCUCCUCGCGCCGCUGGCGUCCGCCUUCUACCUCCCCGGCGUCGCUCCCACCUCAUACAAGCCCGGCGAUCAAGUCCCGCUAUUCGUCAACAGCAUCAAGCCCGUCGCAGCGCCGCAAGAUGCCCGGCUGCACUCGGUCGUCUCGUACGACUACUACCACCCGGCCUUCCAGUUCUGCAAGCCCGAGGGCGGGCCGAAAUAUGUGUCGGAGAGCCUGGGUAGCAUCCUCUUUGGCGACAGGAUAAUGACGUCCCCUUUCGAGCUCAAGAUGAAGCAGAACGAGACCUGCAAGGCGCUCUGCUCUGUCAAAUACCAGGAGAAGUCGGUCGAGUUUGUCGCGACGAGGAUCGAACAGGGCUACAGCCUCAAUUGGCUCGUCGAUGGGCUCCCCGCCGGCCAGCAGAUCCAGGACCAGCUCACGGGCACGACCUUCUACAGCCCCGGUUUCCUGCUUGGACAGGACGACGAGCAAGGCAACAUCCUCUUCAACAACCACUACGAGAUUUGGGUGGAAUACCAUGAGGUCAGCGGCAACGAGAACCAGCUGCGAGUCGUUGGCGUCGUCGUCCAGCCCAGCUCCAAAAAGUACGAGGGAGAGGCCGAUUGCGGUGACCACCCGCCACUCGUCUUCGCUCACGGCUCCGGACCCCACGAAGUCAAGUUUAGCUACAGCGUCUACUGGGUCAAGUCGCCCACCGCUUGGGCUACCCGGUGGGACAAGUAUCUGCACGUCUUUGACCCCAAGAUUCACUGGUUCUGGCUCGUCGACACCGCCAUCAUCGUCGUCAUCCUGGUCCUCACCGUCAUGUCCAUCCUGAUCCGGACUCUGAAGAAGGACAUUGCGCGCUACAAUCGCCUUGACCAGAUCAACCUGGAUGAUUUGAGCGGCACCUCUGUGCUUGAAGAUGGAGUCCAGGAAGACUCGGGCUGGAAGCUGGUCCACGGCGAUGUCUUCCGAACCCCGUCGCGCCCACUGCUGCUGUCUGUCCUUUUGGGCAACGGAGCCCAGCUGUUCGUCAUGACCGGCUUUACCAUUGUAUUUGCUCUGCUAGGUUUCCUGUCGCCCUCCAACCGCGGAUCCUUGGGCACCAUCAUGAUCAUCCUCUACACCGUUCUCGGCGUUGUUGGCGGAUACGUAUCUGCUAGGACGUACAAGGCCAUGCAGGGCGAGCAGUGGAAGCUCAACAUUGUGCUGACCCCUUUGCUUGUCCCCGGCAUCGUCUUCUCCGCCUUUUUCCUGCUGGAUCUCUUCCUCUGGGCCAAGGAGUCUUCUGGCGCCGUGCCAUUUACCACAAUGCUGGUCAUCGUCGGCAUCUGGUUCGUCAUCUCCAUCCCCCUCUCGUUUGCGGGUUCCUGGCUGGGCUUCAAGGCCCCUCAGAUCGAAGCCCCCGUCCGCACCAACCAGAUCCCUCGCCAGAUCCCCCCGGUCACGACAUACUUGCAGCCCAUUCCCAGUAUGCUCAUUGUUGGUCUCUUGCCCUUUGGCGCCAUCUUCGUUGAGCUGUACUUUAUCAUGAGCUCCAUCUGGUUCAGCCGCAUUUACUACAUGUUUGGCUUCCUCUUCCUCUGCUACGGCCUCAUGAUUGCCGUCUGCAGCGCCGUCACCAUCCUGAUGACCUACUUCUUGCUAUGUGCCGAGAACUACAACUGGCAGUGGAGGUCAUUCCUUGCUGCGGGCAUGAGCGGCGGCUACGUCUUCCUGAAUUGCCUGCUGUAUCUGGUCACCAAGGUUAAGCUGGGCGGUCUUGCGGGCACAGUUCUGUACAUUGGCUACAGCGCGCUGAUUUCCUUUUUGUUCUUUAUCCUUUCAGGCACGAUUGGCUACUUUGCUUCGUGGUGGUUCGUUCGGAAGAUUUACUCUUCCAUCAAGAUUGAUUAA